AUGGCAUCUGGAAAGGCACCUGCAGAAAACAUGCUUUGGGGCGGCCGCUUCACAGGCGGCCUCGAUCCCCUCAUGCUCCAGUACAAUGCGAGUAUUCAAUACGACAAGCUCCUGUUCAAGGAAGACAUCCUCGGCAGUAUUGCGUUUGCUCGCGCAAACGCCAAGUCUGGCAUCAUUUCUAAGGACGAAUUCACUGAAAUCGAGCGAGGCCUCCGGGAGGUUCAGAAGGAGUGGGAGGCUGAUGCCUUUGUUAUCAUGCCCAACGAUGAAGAUAUCCAUACCGCCAAUGAGCGCCGGCUUGGUGAGAUUAUUGGCAAGGACAUCGCCGGCAAGCUACACACGGGUCGCAGUCGCAAUGAGCAGGUUGCCUGCGACAUGCGUCUGUGGCUUCGCAACCAGAUCGAGGAAAUUGAGGGCCACCUGAUUGCCUUGAUUGAGGUGAUUGCCGCCCGCGCUGAGGCCGAGAACGGCGUUCUCAUGCCUGGAUAUACGCAUCUCCAGCGUGCCAUGCCUGUCCUGUGGUCGCAGCAUCUGUUGUCAUUCGGCUUCUACUUCGCGAACGAUCUGGAGCGGCUGCGCGAGACUUCAAAGCGUGUCAACAGGAGCCCGCUUGGUUGUGGUGCUCUUGCUGGCAAUGGCUUCAACAUUGACCGCGAUAUGAUGGCCGAGGAGCUGGGCUUCGCAGACAUUCUAUGGAACUCCAUGAAUGCUGUUAGCGACCGAGAUUUUGUCACUGAAUUCCUGCAGUGGGGCAGUAUGUUCAUGCAACAUAUUUCUCGAUGGGCUGAGGAUCUUAUUCUGUAUUCCUCUUCCGAGUUCGGCUUUGUUUCCAUUGCCGAUGCUUAUUCGACUGGAAGUUCUUUGAUGCCGAACAAGAAGAACCCAGAUGGCUUGGAACUCUUGCGAGGAAAGGCCGGCCGAGCAUUUGGCCACAUGGCUGGCCUCAUGAUGACCCAGAAGGGCCUGCCCAGCACAUAUCAAAAGGACUUGCAGGAAAGCUGGGAACCCAUGCUGGAUCAUGUGAAGACUAUCUCUGAUAGCCUUCAGAUUGCACAGGGUAUCCUCUCCACUCUGACGAUCAGGCCAGAGCGGAUGAAGGCUGCCCUGGAUCCGUUCAUGCUGGCCACUGAUCUUGCUGAUUAUCUCGUGCGAAAGGGUGUUCCCUUCCGUGAGACGCACCACAUCUCUGGGCGAUGUGUCGCCACGAGCGAGAAGCUCGGUAUUCCGAUGAACGAGCUCUCGCUGGAGCAACUUCAGGCUAUUGAUAGCCGAUUUGGGGAGGACGUUGCGCAGACAUUUGACUACGAGCGAAGCGUCGAGAUGAGGUCGGUCAAGGGUGGUACUAGUCGGUCAAGCGUUCUGGAGCAGAUCAAGGUUCUUAAGGCCACACUGGCGUAG